AUGAUACAGUGGAGUCCUCAUCCUAUGGCAGCGUGCGCGAUUUUCAACACGGCAGGAUCCAAGUCAUCGAGCCACCAGCAGUAUUCCUCCCACAAUCGUGGAGGAGGAUGCAUUCUCCAAGGCCGCCCCAAGAAGGGCUUCACUCCCGAUCGCCUGGACGAAUUCCUGUGCGGCGCUACUUUCACCAUGUACGAGUUCCUCAUGAGAUUCUGCGGGAGUCGGCAAUUGCUCGGCGAGGGCAAGCGCAUCCACCAGCACAUUGUGGAUCGCGGCCACGGUGACGAUCGAUUCCUCGCCAAUCUCCUCGUCCAGAUGUAUGGCCAGUGCGGCGCGGCCGAGAUCGCGCGCGCGAACGGGCACGACGCGGCGGCGCUGCGGCUCUUCCGGGAGAUGGAUCUUCACGGCGAGCCAGCCGAUCGCAUCGUCCUGGUCGAGAUUCUCGGCGUGUGCGCUCGCCUGGAGCUCCUCGCGCAGGGCCAGACGAUCCACGCCCGGAUCGUGGCGCUGGGGUUUGAUGCCGACACCGUCGCGGCCACCGCGAUCUUCAACAUGUACGCGCGAUGCGGCUUCCUCCGCCGCGCCAGGGAACUUUUCGAUCGACUCGAGGAGAAGAGCGUCGUUUCCUGGAACGCGAUGAUCACCGCGUAUGCCCGGACAGGGCAAGCGCGGCAAGCGCUGGAUAUCUUCCGGCGCCUCGACCAGGAAGGAAUCGAGGCGGACGAGAUGAGCUACAGCGGCCUCCUCGCCGCGUUUGCGAUGAGGCAAUCUCUAGACAAGGGCCGGAUCUUGCACGCCAGGAUCAAAGCCUGUGGAUUCGAGGCGAUGCUCCAGGUCGCCAAUCCUCUGAUCAACAUGUAUGGCAAAUGCGGCUGCGUGGAGGAGGCGAGGAGGAUCUUCGAUGCUGUGCCGAGCAAGAACAUCGUCUCCUGGAACACGAUCCUGGCGGCCUACGCGGGAAACGGCCGUGUGACCGAGGCGCUGGAUCUCUUCGCCAAGAUCGCGAUGCCGCCCGACUGGAUCAGCUUCUGCGUGGUGCUGCAAGCGUGCAGCCACGCCGGGCUGGUGGAUGAGGCCUGGGAUUUCCUCCUGUCGAUGCGAUCCCAGCACGGAAUCGAGCCCCGCCGCGCGCAUUACAGCGCCAUGGUGGAGAUCUUCGGCAAGGCCGGGAAGCUGGAGGAGGCGGAGCGCCUGAUCGCCGCCAUGCCGGUGGAGCCCGACGCCGUGAUCUGGAGGAGCUUGCUGGGCGCUUGCAAGAUCCAUGGCGACACCGAGCGCGGGACGAGGGCUGCCCUAAAGGUGAUCGAGCUCAAGCCCGACGAAUCGGGGCCCUACAUUCUCCUGUCCAAUCUCCACGCGGCAGCCGGACGGCUGGAUGAGCUGGACAAGGUCCGCAAGCUCAUGAAGGAGCGGCGCCUGGGGAAGAGCUGGGCGAUGGAUGCCGUGAGCAAAGAAACCCUAGAGCUGGAAUCCAAACAAGUCCGUGAGAGGCUCCUGGCGCUUAACCGCCACAUGGAAGACCUGAGGGUAAAUAGGUGA